GAGAUGUUCUUGGGUUUGGGAGAAGAGAAGAGAGGGAGGGAGAGGGACGGAGGGAGGGACGGGGCACUGAGGGCGAACAGCACAGCACAGCAAAUGAAAGCGAGUGGGAGGAGAGGAGAGGAGUGAAGGCGAGGUGAGGUGAGGUGUUGCUGGUAUGCCAUUGCACGAGAGCAGGAGGAGGAAGUUGUCGGGAAGGUUGGAGUGCCAAGGGGAAGAAAAGGGAAGGCGAGGAAGAAUCGUCAGGAGAAGGUGGCCUAGCAACUGCUGGUUGUUGUUUGCUUGCUGGCUCAAGAAGCAAGGAGAUUGGAUUCUAGAUGUCAUUGAGCUAGAGAGAGCGCAGUUGGACAAGGGGUGUUUUGUGUCUGCUUCCACUUGACUCGUCCCCCAUAAUUCAGCCUGCUGCCUGGCGAUUGGUCGUCGCGGGCCCUAAAGCGUCCCUCUCAGCGUUUUAUAAAUUUAUCCUACGUCGCCCGACUCUGAUAGAAAGCUGCCGCUCCGAGUUGCGAGAGCGAUCAAUUUCCGGUGAAUGCGAGUGAAGUGAGUCAACCGAACCGAGAGCAGGUUUUUCGAACGUAGACGUUUGUUGCUCUGUCCCUCGACACUUGUUAGAGAUUGUUGCAAUUUUGACCGCCCAGUCAGUUCCGUUUGCUCGUGCACUGACUCAGAAAGAGCUCGCGAGGGAAAAGGAUCCAGCUCGUAGAUUCGAGGCCGAUGCCCCGGACGAAAAAGUAAGGAGAAGACCGCAGUUGCGUUUCAGAUUCGAACUCACCAUCGGAAGCGUGCGAGUAGUAGGGACGACAGGUUCUUUGAGAUUUUGCAGCAUUAGGAGGCAGGGCCGGUUCACUGCGAUUGAAAAUUGUAGAUUUCUGGAGGGCAUUGCUCAUGGUUCAGCACACUUCUCACUCGAGCUUGACCCAAUCCUUCUGAACCCACUCCAGCUCCAGUCCAGCUCCAUUCCAUCCACGAGACUCGAGCUCUGCUCCACCUCCCGCAGCCAUAGGUUCGUUCAAUUUGUUCAGGCAUUCUGGCAGCAGCAGAAUAGCGAUGGCGAACGAUCGCAGGCAGGUGAAGGUGGCGCUCACCCGCCAGCCCUCAGGCAGCAUCCCGCGCCCGCCCCCAAUGGGCGGGGGGAUUGCGCGCCAGCUCAGUGGCGAGGUCGCGGGCUCAGUGCCGAUGAAGCCUGCCUCGGCGCCCUCAUCGCCUGCCGUGGGCCGCAAGCGCAGCGCGGCCACGGCUGCAGCAUCUGAUAGCACCUCGUCCGAGAGCAAGGAGAUGGGCGCAGGCCAGCAGCAGAGCGGAAGCAAGCCGAGCGGCAGGCAACGCCGAGGCGGACCUGAGAACGGGAACCACACCUUCAGAGGCGUGAGGCAGCGGCAGUGGGGGCGAUGGGUCGCGGAGAUCAGAGAGCCCCGAUGCCGAACACGAAUGUGGCUGGGCACCUUCGCCACGGCCAUCGAAGCUGCGAGGGCCUACGACGAUGCAGCUCUCACGUACCACGGGCCCGGAGCUCGUCUCAAUCUGCCGCAAUCGCAGCCCUCGGCCAACUCCACGGCGACCUCGGCCGUGGCCCCUCAUCCCAUGUCUGGCCUGGCGAGGUCGGCUUCUUGCAACGUCGGGAAUUACUGCACCAGCGAUCCCCGCGAGAUGCCAGGCUCCAUGCUGCAGCGCACCUCGUCCGGCCCGGCCAAUCUGUUGAUGCGCACCAGCUCGAGCCCUGCGCAGUGCGCCGCCAUGGCAGUCGACUCCGGCGCCAUGUUCUCCUCGUACGCUUCGGACCUGCGAAUUGAGGAGAAGGCCGCGAAGAAGAUGUACGUGCCCAGUGCUGCGGCCGCCGCUGGGAUGUUCGCAGGAUCCGCGCCCGGCGCCAUGAGCGAGUCCCCGCAGACUGUGUUCGUUAAUGGGGCUUUGGAUCGCUACGACAUGGGCACCAAGUUCGUCGGCGCCCCCGUGAAAUCGGAGCCCGUUUCUGAUUUCCCCGCAGUGUACCAGUCGGUCGGCUCCAACGCCUCGAGCUCGAUGAUGAAUCACGCCUCCUUCGGUGACAUGUUCGGGGGCGAUUUGGGAGCCGUGGUCUCGCAGCAGCAGCACAGCGCUCAGAAUUUGAGGACCCCGAAAGUGGAGCAGAAUCUGCGAGCGGAUGCGCCCUCGUCCGCGUCCACAUCCAUCUCGUCCGUGAACACGGUCGGGGCCGGAGUGCUGGGCAAUUGUGGGAGCGACGAGGGAUCGCCCACUUCGUUCUGGACGAUGGAUUCCGACUCGAAGUUCGAUGGCAGUUGCGUGAGCACGGAUUGGCUGCAGCAUGUGCUGGACCAGCAAGGGCCUCCUGCUCCUGUCACCAGCACCAGCGCAUCCAGCAUGCUGACAUCCAGGUUAGGGUCGCUGGAGAAAGCGGAAUUGGGGCCUUGGGACAUCGACAUUUGUUCGCCACCACCCACUCUCGACCUUCCCCUCGAGGAGUCGCUGCACUUUGAUGACGACUUUUUGUCCGGGCAAUUAUUCCAAGAACGCAGUAUGCAGUACGAGCUGUUGUAGCGAGGGUAAACAUCCAAGUGGAGCACACUGAAUCCUCGAGAGCUGCAGUUCGCAUUCAGCUGCACGCAUGGCCGGAUUCGCACGCGAGUUUCGGCUUGGAUGUUCCCGCAUAUCUUUGUAGUUAGUCCGAUGUACAUAUACGUAAUAUACAAGUAACAUUAAUGUAGGUAGAAUGUCAGAGCCUCGAGCUCGCACUAGAACACAAGAAGCUAGCAUUGUGGACCAGAUUUGUCUUUGGAAAGGGUUCGGCCAAAGAGUGAAUCUGACAGGAAGUGGAUAUGAGUACCUAUCACAAGUAGAUGUGGGUAUCGCAACCGAUGGGCAAUACGAUUAUUCGAUACACAAGAGAAACCCUUUUGGGGAGCACACAAGCAACUUUUACGUUACACGAUGCGGAUAGGAUCUCAAACUUUGUGUUUCUCCAGAUAUACAUUUCUAUGAUUUUGGCCGCUCGUUCAAGGAGACCAUCAGAGUGCCGAAACGAUUUUGAAUUCAUUCCAGCGCGUGAAUGCAAUUCUUCACGACUAGCAUUCGCUUUAGCUAGCUUUGUAGAGUACAUUAGGUUAAGACGUCUCAGUCGGCUUAAAUUUUGGGGUCCCUCUAAGUCGAAUUGUGGCACACUUUUACUAUAAAUUGAGAUCAUUUUUUACUCGACUUGCAGUCUUUUGCCUGUGAUGAGUCUGAACUCUGUCCACGUCCCAGGCAUUGCUGAUACGCC